CAUGUGACCACACAUUACAGCUGCUGUCAUCAAUAGUAAACAUCUUAAAUGCCGCAGGAGGACUGAGCUUCAUGAUGGCAGGCAGGCUGAGCUUCAGGAACAUCACCGCUCUGGCUCCAAUGGUCCGGGUCGGGACUCUACCCAUGAGGCUGCUGGCGCUGGACUACGGAGCUGAUGUGGUUUACUGUGAGGAGCUGAUUGAUAUCAAGAUGGCCCAAUGUCACAGAGUGGUGAACGAGGUUUUGGAGACGGUAGACUUUGUUGCUCCAGACGAUCGAGUGAUGUUCAGGACUUGUGAGAAGGAGAAGGACCGAGUCGUCUUCCAGAUGGGGACGGCCGACCCAGACAGAGCGCUGGUUGUGGCUCGACUUGUGGAAAAUGAUGUAGCUGCUAUCGACGUGAACAUGGGCUGUCCGAAGGAAUACUCCACAAAGGGCGGGAUGGGAGCCGCUCUGCUGUCAGAUCCUGAUAAGAUCGAGGCGAUCCUCAGGAAGCUCGUCACCGGAGUUUCUAUUCCAGUAACGUGUAAAAUCCGAAUCCUGCCUUCGUUGGAGGAAACGAUCGGUUUGGUUCGGAGGAUCGAGAAGACCGGAGUCACCGCCGUCGCUGUUCAUGGCAGGUUUAAAGAUGAGCGACCUCGACAUCCCGUCCACUGCGACUACAUCCAGGCCGUCUCUCAGGCUGUUUCCAUCCCCGUCAUCGCCAACGGAGGAUCUUUGGAUCUGGUGAAGACCAAUAAAGACAUCGAGGAGUUCAGGAAGGCGACCGGAGCCUCGUCGGUCAUGUUGGCUCGAUCCGCCAUGUGGAACCCGUCUGUGUUCAGCAGCCGAGGACCACUUCCUGUGGAGGAGGUGAUGGAGGACUACCUCAAAUACGCGUUUCGGUAUGAAAACCACGCCUUCAACUCCAAGUACUGUCUGUGUCAGAUGCUGAGAGACAAAGUGGAGUCUCCUCUGGGGAAACAGCUGCAGGCGGCUCAGACCAACGCUGAGAUCAGCGAGGCGUACGGGAUGAAGGAGUUCUACCAGCAGAUUCAGGAACGGCUGCAGGCGAAGAGAGACUCUCUGCAGAGCUGCAUCCAGCCGGACCGGCCUGUCAUGGACGGAGACGUCACCACCAUGGCCGUCAAGUUCGAACGGAGGGAGUAUCCUGCUCAUAUCACUCCUAAGAUGUUCCUGCUGGAGUGGAGCCGCAGAGAGAAGCUGGAGCAGCCGCAGUAUGAAGUGGUGCAGCGAGCUCAGGAUCGAGCUUUUCAGGCCGUUGUGACCCUAGCAGAGAAGAAGUACAGAUCUACGCUGUGGGAGAAGUCGAAGAAAUUUGCCGAGCAAGCUGCCGCCGUCGUCUGCCUGCGGAUUCUGGGAAUCCCUGAAGGCCGAAUCGGCGAGGAAGACUCCGGCUUGAUCUCCAAGAGGAAGAGGGACGAGAAGAUGACGAACGGCACCACAGAAGAAGACGAGGCGAGCAUCAAACGUCGCAGCACCGAGAGCUACCAGGAAACGGAAAACUUAGAGAGCGAAGCGGCGGUUGCUAACGGCAACCACCACGAACCAAACACGCCUCCGAAACGACCGUAGAGGUGAUGAAGAUGAUGAUGAUGAUGAUGAUGUAAGGAAAACAACUCUUUAAGAUUAAAUAAGAGGAAAAGAAGAAGAA